CUGUUUGCAGUUGUAGUGACUGCUAGACCCACUGGUGUUAAACUAAUAUUAAUAUGCUCUAAUCCCCACCCAACGGGGUCCAUAUCUCUUUGAGACCUUAUCUGCCGGGCUUGUUGUGCUCAAAGCAAGCUAGGGCUGAGAGAUAUUCACAGCACGCAUGUGUGUCAACUACUUAAACUGGUCACUGACUAAACCAGACUGUUUGGUGAAGGAUUAACAACAGCGUGAAGGUCUGUGCUUACAUUGCUGUAGUGCAAGAUUUAAAAUAUGUGAAGGUGAGUGAUUACCUUUGUUUUUAGAAACCAGUCUGCCUGUCUUUUAUUUAUAGCUUUGAAUUGUGAAGAGUUCAUGUUGUUCCAAGCACCAGUCCCACAGUUUCACCAGUCCCACAGUUUCACCAGUUGCACAGUUUCACCAUUCCCACGGUUUCACCAGUCCCCUAGUUUCACCAGUCCCCUAGUUUCACCAGUCACACAGUUUCACCAGUCACACAGUUUCACCAGUCACACAGUUUCACCAGUCCCAUAAUUCCCACAGUUUCACCAGUCACACAGUUUCACCAGACCCAUAAUUCCCACAGUUUCACCAGUCACACCGUUUCACCAGACCCCUAAUUCCCACAGUUUCACCAGUCACACAGUUUCCCCAGACCCAUAAGUCCCACAGUUUCACCAGUCACACAGUUUCACCAGUCUCAUCAUUCCCACAGUUUCACCAGUCACACAGUUUCACCAGUCACACAGUUUCACCAGUCACACAGUUUCACCAGUCACACAGUUUCACCAGUCACACAUUUUCACCAGUCCCACAGUUUCACCAGUCGCACAGUUUCACCAGUCACACAGUUUCACCAGACCCAUAAGUCCCACAGUUUCACCAGUUCCACAGUUUCACUAGACCCACCUGUCCCAUAGUUUCACUAGACCCAACUGUCCCACAGUUUCACUAGACCCACCUGUCCCACAGUUUCACUAGACCCACCUGUCCCACAUUUUCACAAGACCCACCAGUCACACAGUUUCACCAGUCACACAGUUUCACCAGUCACACAGUUUCACUAGACCCACCUGUCCCACAGUUUCACAAGAACCACCAGUCACACAGUUUCACCAGUCCCACAGUUCCUACAGUCACAGUUUUAUCAGACCCACAAGAAACAGGUUGCAGUGUUCGAUUACCUUCCACCAUUGUUCUCUCACUAUAGGAUCCUGUCAUUAAUGCCACUAUUCCGUGACUGGGAACUUGUCUAGUUUUAUUGCCUCCUCCCCCCCCCAACCCCCAAACCACUUUUUCCCGUACUUGCUGGCCUUAGUUAAACCAGGCCGCCACAUAAUUAUUUUAAUACUGUGCACUCUCAUUGGGUAUAAUUUUUUAGCUCAAACUUUAAAAGGUGCAAGAUACAUUUUGAGUUUGCCAGACAGCUAUAUGAACCAUUGAGGUAUGUGGAGCACAUGAUAAUAUAAGGACCACUUUGGUCUAUGGGGUACAUAAAGGAACCACAAUUCUAAAGAAAUGUACUUUUUUUUUUUUUUAAACACUGCGACAUCAGAUUAUUUUCUUGCAGUAGAAUUUAAAAAAAAAAAAAAAAGGUACAUAAAGGAACCACAAUUCUAAAGAAAUUUUCUUUUUUUUUUUUUAAACACUGCGACAUCAGAUUAUUUUCUUGCAGUAGAAUUUAAAAAAAAAAAAAAAAUUGAAUUCGAUAGUCAAAAAACUUAAUAUAAGAUCAUAUGGCAUGAGGCAUCGAAUGUCUUUUGCAUUUACUCCAUAAUUUAACAAAAAAUAAUUUUUUUGAUGAAUUAAUGUGACAGUAACAGACUUAGUUUCUCCGUAAAAAUGUGUACAUUUAAAACAUUUAUCCGAAUUUUUUUAUUUUUUUUUUUAAACUUAAGUUAGCAUGAAGCAAUCAUGGCCAACAGGUGAGUUCUGAAUGGACGUAGUUAGGUCCUCAUUGACAGCAAUGCCUACUCAAUGGCUGCCAUUCACUGUCAAUUUGUCAAUGCCGUACUUGAAAAGAGGCCUCACACCACGAGUUCUCCCCCAUGUCAUGACUUUUAUUUAUCGCUCCAUUCAAUGGCUGCCGAUCGAACUCUCGAUAAGUCGAUACAUAUUGAUCUGUAGCGAAAAAGAAACGAAUUCGCCUUUAGCGGGGCAGCGUGUAGAUGGUAUUUCGAUGAGCGGAAAUGUUGAGUGGUUAGUACCAGUACUGUAACGUUCAGUAGUGUGCAGUGCGAACAUGUGCGGUCUCUCGUAAGCCGGUGUGCACAUUUUCAAUGUUCAACCCGGUCAUUCUACUAACAAUGACAAAGGUUCUCAUGUUGUUUGAAAUAAUCUUCGUUGAACGCAUUUCGUUUUAUUUCAAUAAUAUAAUUUGUAACUGUACGUAAUUUGUGUUACGGUGUUAUAUUACUAUGGGAGGUCGAGUGGUCUAAACUGAGUCAAUCCCAAGUCAGUGGACUCGCGUUCAAUGUCCAGCAGAAGCAGCCACAUCACCAGCACAACACCCCAGGCGGACGGGACUUAACCUCCGGUGACAAUUCAUCUAAGAGAAGGAAACCCUGAAAUCAAACCCAGAAGUCGCAUGCUGACACGAGGAACAUUCCGACAACUCUGUGACAUAGAACGCAUAAAGAACACAGUGACACACACACAUACACACACUCACACUGUUGGUCUAAUACCGCACCCCGGUCUGUUUCCAAUCGUCGUGGCUACGCUCAUCUUGGCUAAGUCUUGCCAUUGGAUCAAAUAGUCGAGGACGAGAGAGUGAGGCUGUCGAAUGGAGCAACUCUCCCUCGCUGUGCUGCCCCGCCCAGCGGUGUGCUGCCACGCCCAGCGGUGUGCUGCCACGCCCAGCGGUGUGCUGGCACGCCCAGUGGUGUGCUGCCACGCCCAGUGUUGUGCUGCCACGCCCACCGGUGUGCUGCCACGCCCACCGGUGUGCUGCCACGCCCAGCGUUGUGUCGCCACGCCCAGCGUUGCGCUGCCAAUCAAGCAACAACGUUUUUUGGUACUUCUCGGUUAUAUAAUCAAAUAUCAAUGUAUUUUUUUUAAAAAUCCCUAAUUAUAGCCUACGAACAAUGUUCCCUUUAAGCUGCGCGGCUGCACGGCCGCACAGCUAUCUCACAGAUGCCGCGCAGCAACUUUGAGUGUUGGCGCAGCGAAUUUCCAUUUAACUGUGUGUUUGUGGGCUGUAAAACUUUGCAAACACAAUAAUUGAUGCUGUAAAACUUUGCAAACACAAUAAUUGAUGCUGUAAAACUUUGCAAACACAAUAAUUGAUGCUGUAAAACUUUGCAAACACAAUAAUUGAUGCUGUAAAACUUUGCAAACACAAUAAUUGAUGCUGUAAAACUUUGCAAACACAAUAAUUGAUGCUGUAAAACUUUGCAAACACAAUAAUUGAUGCUGUAAAACUUUGCAAACACAAUAAUUGAUGCUGUAAAACUUUGCAAACACAAUAAUUGAUGCUGUAAAACUUUGCACACAACUGUAUUUUGCACACGAACCAGCAAACCUUAGAGGGAACAUUGCCUACGAAAACCAUUUGCGAUUCCCUAGCUAACAACUAGGUCAACACUAGCUGUCAUAAUUUGAGAACCUCCGAGGUAGCACUCUUACUAUAAGACAGCACCGCACCGCUCUCCCCCCUACCACCCCCUUGCCUUGGACAACAUUAAACAGAAUGAAGGCCACGCAUUCACUUGCAACGUUGUCAUUUUUGGGAUUCAGUGGAUUCGCCUAGUUUUGGUGGAUAUCUCUUAAUUGAUAUGUUGCAUGUGUGUAACGGGGAAUUAUGGUGAGUGAUCAAUUCACAGUAGAAUGAGUAAAGUUAUUGGUUCUUUCAUUUGUUAUUCGUUCAGAUGGCAUCGGGUCUCCUAAGGUCAAAUCCUGUCGUUUUGAUAGUUCAUGGCUACAGGCACAGGCUACCUGUGACAUAUUUAGGAUCUUGGAUUCCUGACAAAUGCGUUGGGAUUUUCAAUAAGACAACCCAGGUAUGUUAUCUCAACAACCUAGGUAUGUUAUCUCAACAACCUAGGUAUGUUAUCUCAACAACCUAGGUAUGUUAAUCUCAAAAACCUAGGUAUGUUACAUCAACAACCUAGGUAUGUUACAUCAACAACCCAGGUAUGUUAUAUCAACAACCCGGGUAUGUUAUCUCAAAAACCGAGGUAUGUUAUCUCAACAACCUACAACCCGAGUAUGUUACAUCAACAACCCAGGUAUGUUAUAUCAACAACCCGGGUAUGUUAUCUCAAAAACCGAGGUAUGUUAUCUCAACAACCUACAACCCGAGUAUGUUACAUCAACAACCCAGGUAUGUUAUAUCAACAAACCAGGUAUGUUAUAUAAAAAACCAGGUAUAAUAUAUCAUCAAACCAGGUAUAAUAUAUCAUCAAACCAGGUAUAAUAUAUCAUCAAACCAGGUAUAAUAUAUCAUCAAACCAGGUAUAAUAUAUCAUCAAACCAUGUAUAAUAUAUCAUCAAACCAGGUAUAAUAUAUCAUCAAACCAGGUAUAAUAUAUCAUCAAACCAGGUAUAAUAUAUCAUCAAACCAGGUAUAAUAUAUCAUCAAACCAGGUAUAAUAUAUCAUCAAACCAGGUAUAAUAUAUCAUCAAACCAGGUAUAAUAUAUCAUCAAACCAGGUAUAAUAUAUCAUCAAACCAGGUAUAAUAUAUCAUCAAACCAGGUAUAAUAUAUCAUCAAACCAGGUAUAAUAUAUCAUCAAACCAGGUAUAAUAUAUCAUCAAACCAGGUAUAAUAUAUCAUCAAACCAGGUAUAUUAUAUCAUCAAACCAGGUAUAUUAUAAUUUAAAAAACCAAGUAUGUUAUUUCAACCAUAACAUUUUAGAUCUGAAAAUAUUCAUAAGACAGGGAAAAAAGGAAACUCUCAACCACAGGUUCCCAAAUGUUUGUUUUUUUAAGAUCAUGCCCACAUUAAAUAAAAGCAAAGUGACCCGCGACCUCAAGCAUAAAAAAAGGUUUUUAGUAAUAGGUUGCAAAGUGAACACAUCGAAUUGGAGGUUUCAUCAAAAGAGAACAUUCUCUAAGUAACAAUCAACAGUAAUAGGGUGCAAAGUGAACACAUCAAAUUGGAGGUUUCAUCAAAAGAGAACAUUCUCUAAGUAACAAUCAACUAGUGUCACUAGCGCUACCAGAUGUUCAAUAGUGCGCACUAUAGGACACACUCAUUGUUUCACUUUAUAACAGAUUCAUUGUUUCACUAUAUAACAGACUCAUUGCCUCACUAUAUGACAGACUUAUUGUUUCAUUAUAUGACAGACUCAUCGUUUCAUUAUAUGACAGACUCAUCGUUUCACUAUAUGACAGACUCAUUGUUUCACUAUAUGACAGAUUGGUCGUUUCACUAUAUGACAGACUCAUUGUUUCACUUUAUAACAGAUUCAUUGUUUCACUAUAUAACAGACUCAUUGCCUCACUAUAUGACAGACUUAUUGUUUCAUUAUAUGACAGACUCAUUGUUUCACUAUAUAACAGACUGAUUGCCUCACUAUAUGACAGACUCAUUAUUUCACUAUAUGACAGAUUGGUCGUUUCACUAUAUGACAGACUCAUUGUUUCACUAUAUGAUAGACUCAUUGUUUCACUAUAUGACAGACUGAUCGUUUCACUAUAUGACAGACUCAUUGUUUCACUAUAUGACAGAUUGGUCGUUUCACUAUAUGACAGACUCAUUUGUUCAUUAUAUGACAGACUGAUCGUUUCACUAUAUGACAGACUCAUUGUUUCACUAUAUGACAGAUUGGUCGUUUCACUAUAUGACAGACUCAUUGUUUCACUAUAUGACAGACUGAUCGUUUCACUAUAUGACAGACUCAUUGUUUCACUAUAUGACAGAUUGGUCGUUUCACUAUAUGACAGCCUCUUUGUUUCACUAUAUGACAGACUCAUUGUUUCACUAUAUGACAGACCCUUUGCUUCGCCACAUGACAGCUUGCUGUUCGAUGGCCUCUGAUGAAAUACUACUUGAUAAAUAAUGAUGGUGAUACUACCGUGGAAUAACCCAUUGUUAAGCACUUCGUGGUACACAAUCUUGACUUUAGUUUAACAACUUAGAUUGUGUAAUGGGUACAUAAUCUUAUCACAAAGACAUCAGUAAGUCUUUUCAGCAAAGGUUAAAAAUAGUAAUUAUAAAAUAAUAAUAAUAAUAAUAAUAAAAAAUGCUCCCAUCGAUCAAUGAGAUAAUUGAGCCAAUCAAACAAGUUGGUGAUCAACAUGCAUUAGGCCUAGAGCAAACCUAACAUUAAAAACGAUGAAGUGCGCAAAAUCUUGUUCAAACCACAAUCGAAGUCAAGAGUUUUAGCUUCAUUAUAACAUUACAUUAUCAAAUUAAUUAUUAGAUUUCCAGCUGUUGUGUUUUAUUCGUGUAAAUAAAAUGAAUGUGUCUCUGUAUGUGUGUACAUUGAAACCAUUAUCUUGUCAUCCGCAUAUGUCCCCAGAUGUGACGUCACCGCCUACAGAAUUAAAAUACCGUCAUUUUAGAAUCUCACGAGACACAGAACGAGAUGUUACCACACAAUUGCCUUUACAGGACAAAAUAUACAUAAUCAAAGUAUCAGCACUCAGAGCAGAACUAGCACAUGGAUUGGCUUGCAAAAUUAGCACAUGGAUUAACACUCAGAAGCAACAGCAUGAAGUCGAAAUCAUGAUUUGAUCUGAUUCUGGUUGACACAAUCACAUUCACUAACCAGAGCUGCCGAAUGCAUAGUUAGAUAGAUUAUGAUUAAGUAACUAAUUAUUUAAGUUAGAUGGACCCCAAUCAAUAAGUUAUAAGUAUCACUUUAUCUGGAAGUCGAAUGACUUAAUUUUAAUAUGUUUGUGAAAUACACAAAAGAUUACUAUUCUUAUAUUUAUAUUAAUAAAAUGCGAAACACCAGCGAACCUUCAGCUCCGACGCAGUGCAGCACACACAGGUGGCCAUUCGCUAGUCUAAUGUAAGUAAACACCGGCAGACGUCACACCCUGACGUCAUGUCGACUAAGAAAUCGGUGAAAACAAAGACUGGCAUCCACCAGUUUCUAGUCGCCACAAGUUCAACUCAGGACUCAAAUGCUGCGUCGCUGUCCGCGACUGGUGAUGCGCAAACUGAGAAUGAACGGGAAACACCGUUCACAGAGUACCGGCUGUACGUCAUCAACCGUGCGGGGACCGGCGAGGCGAGUUAUCUGCUGAUGAAAGAGAACUUCUCGACCAUUCUGUCGUAUCGUGUGCACACGGAGACAUGGAGGCAAACCGAAGGCCUGCAGGAUUUUGGUGUCCUCGUUCUUGGGAAAUGGAUUUAUGUCUUGGGAGGAUAUCACAAAGUGCAAGGUGUUUGCCUGGACCGAGUUAUGAGGUAGGUAGAUCAGAUAUGCAAGGCAGGUGGUCAGGGGUUGCAGGUAUGCAAGGUAGGUGGUCAGGGCCCGGGUCACGGGUGUAGCAUAAUGCAAGGUAGGUGGUCAGGGGUUGCAGGUAUGCAAGAUAGGUGGAUAGGGCUGUAGUAUGCAAGGUAGGUGGACAGGGGUACAGCUUUCAAGGUUAGGUGGUCAGCGAGCGCAUUUUUAGUUAGCACAAUGUUUUAUAUGAUCCUGACAAUGACACCACAUAUAGCAUUACUUUAUUACCACACCCCCCCCCCCCCCCUCCUUUCCACCACUAUAAUUUUGUUACCCUGAAAUGUUCAUUUUUAGAUAGCAGCUGUGCUUUUAUCUCACAAUAAUUCUGAUCAACCAUUCACUGUGUACAAGGUAUGAACCUCGAGCUGACCAGUGGUCAGAAUGCAGGAACAUGUUGGUGGCCAGGUGCAAGUUUGGAGUCAGUGUCUUGGCAAAGAAGAUUUUUGUAUGUGGUAAGUGAAUUUGAUUAAGCUGUUUGGGGACCACUGGAACUCUUGUGAUUAAUGAGGUCAACAUUCCAAAAUAGAGGACAUACAUUUUUGUUAUUACAAUUGCAUCUUCUGGACCGAAAAAAACAAUGCAGCCCCCCCCCCCUCCCUUUUACCAAACAAGACAGUACACAGAAAGAACACUAUUUGAANCUCUUGUGAUUAAUGAGGUCAACAUUCCAAAAUAGAGGACAUACAUUUUUUUUAUUACAAUUGCCUCUUCUGGACCGAAAAAAACAAUGCCGCCCCCCCCCCCCUCCCUUUUACCAAACAAGACAGUACACAGAAAGAACACUAUUUGAAGACCAGUGGUCUCACCAGGGUUGGUGUAACCAAGGGGAGUAAACUAACGGUGACACAUUCUCCAAACUCCUUUAUUGACCUCCUCCGAGUCUACCUGCUCUGGUGGCACCCUGCUCUGGUGGCACCCUGCUCUCGUGCCACCUUGCUCUGGUGGCACCCUGCUCUGAUGGCACCCUCCUCUCGUGGCACCCUGCUCUGAUGGCACCCUGCUCUGAUGGCACCCUGCUCUGGUGGCACCCUCCUCUGGUGGCACCCUGCUCUUUUAUUUAACUUAGAUCUCUUAAAAACCUGACAGGAGCGAGCUCUAUUAAAUCUUCAAUUUGCUGCCACCCCAGGGGAGGGUGUCACCUGGUGCGAUCUACACCCCCCUUUGAUGCCAAUGUUUAAAGAAGAGAAAAGUUCUUUUUGUUUAUUUGUGUGUGUGUCAUAUUUUGUUUUCUUGUUUCAGGGGGUCAGCGAAGUGAUGGCAAACAAACAGGAAGCUGUGAGAUGUACGACCCUGAGACAGACAUCUGGACCAAGUGUGGUAUGUUGGUGGCGCCGCGUUCGGACACUGUGUGUGCCGCGUAUGGCCAGGAAGUCCUGUGCGCCGGGGGUUUUCACAAUGGCAAAGUUCACAAUAACCUUUGGUAGGUCAAGGUCAAGGUGAAAGUCUAUUUUAAAAAUUCUGUGUCAUUCAGACAGGGGAUAUCUGGUGGUUACAAGUGAAGCACUAAGUACUUCUAAGCAUAAGGGUAUUGGCUACCGGUCUACAUUAACAAAUAUCUUGAUGGUAAAUUAAAACAGGUGUUAAUAAUAAGUGAUACCAUCUGGUGCAUAUUUAAAGUAGGCCAGAGUUGUGAGUUUUAAAAAAUUUUGUGCAAUAUAUUUAAAAUUAGUACAGCGGAUGUACAUGUCAUGACAUGGAUCACUUGAUGUACAUGACAUGUAAGGACAUUGGUGGCAUGAUGUACAACAGUACAUGACCUUUAAUGACCAUUGCUCACCCUGCCACUCAUGUCAACUGCAUUCCUACAGGGUGUACGAGCAACACACAUGGCAAGAGUUGGACAGGCAUUACCCCCACAUGUUACCAUACAGCCUACAGAAAUGUGCAGUUGCUGCAGUCAAAAAUACCUUAUAUUUUAUUGGUGGUGAGUUGGGAUGGCACUGAUGCUACUUAACCUGGCAGACUCCAUCACAAAACACUUUUCAUUUAGACUCACUAUUUCAUUAGGUUCAUAAAAUGUGUGCUGUGAAACAUCACUAAAUGGGAUAAUGGUGGGGGUGGGGGGAGGGGUGUGUGUCCAUAAAACUAGAUUGCUCUAAAGAGAGGUUACAUUAAUGCCGGGUCUUACAAUAUCCCAAUCCAAAAAUAGCAAUUUUUGUAUCUUGUGCAGUGAGAUAACUUUUUUUUAUAACUUGACUAGUUUUUGUUGAACUAGUUUUUUUUUGGACUAGUUUUUGUUGGACUAGCUUUUUUGGACUAGUUUUUGUUGGACUAGCUUUUGUUGGACUAGCUUUUGUUGGACUAGUUUUUGUUGGACUAGCUUUUGUUGGACUAGCUUUUUUGUACUAAUUUUUGUUGGACUAAUUUUUGUUGGACUAGUUUUUGUUGGACUAGCUUUUUUGGACUAGUUUUUUUUUUUUUACUUGUUUUUUUUUUUGGAUUUUUUUUUACAAGCAUUUUCAUUUUGCAUAAUUUUUAUUUUUUUUGUUUUUGUUUUUUUGUUUUUUUUUUUUUUGUUUUUUUUUUUUUUGGUUUUGUUUUUGUUGGUUUAGUUUUUUUGGACUAGUUUUUUUUUUUACUAGUUUUUUUUUUUGGAUUGUGUUUUACAAGCAUAUACAUUUUGCAUACUUUUUCCCCCACAAAAUUGUGAAUGAAUUUAUUUAAUUUUGUGAUCCAUGACAACCAUAUUUAUCCAACUUUGUGCUAUGUGGGGAUGUGUUACAACAGGGUUCCACUGUAUGUUGUACAAUGUCAUAAAAUUCAUAUAUUAUAUAACACUAAACCUACAAAACGUGUAUGUUGCACAUAUUUUCCAGGAUCGUCCAGUAAAGAGCAACAGGUUGAGGAAGGCUCAGGUGAGAAGGUUUCCGUGACGAUGUUACGGACGGAGAGGAGGAUGUUCUCUUACACAACACAGAUAUCUGCAGGGGAUGGACACAGCAAAGGGGCACAACUAGACUUGAUAUCACCAUGGAACUUAAAGUUGCCUCCCAUGAUUCAUGCCAGGCAGAAUGCAGGAGCAGUAACUAUAGGUAAUAUUGGUGUGGCGUGUGUGGGUCAUCCGGCAGAAUGCAGGGGCAGUAACUAUAGCUAACAUUGGUGUGGAGUGUAUGAGUAAUUUUUGUGAUGGGGUGAGUAACAUUAGUGUGAUAUGUAUAUAGGAACUGACUAACCUGAUUGGAUCUAUUAACAUGAUUGAAUCUAUCAACAUGAUUGAAUAUAUUGGUAUACUUUGAAGGGAUUACACCAUUAUACUUUGAAGGUUACAAUGGUAUAGCAGUAAGCCUACAUCCGGGGGUAACCCCCCAAAAAAUAAAAAAAAUAAAAAUGGAGUGAAGUGAUAUGGUGAGAUGUAUUAGUGAAACAACAGAGGAACAUGAUUUGAUCAACCCCCCCCCCCCCUCUUUUUUUUUUUUUUUUUACCCAUGCAGGUCAAAAGAUCCAUGUCGUGGGAGGUACAUCUGUAGAGACAGGAGAUCCUGUCAUCAAGUCUGAACAUUUUGACCUGGUCAGAGGAACCUGGCAUGAAGAUUUUGUCCUCAAAAACUGUAAGUGUUGAGCAAAUAACUAGGUCAUGGGCAUCUGAUUUUCAGGUGUUCAUUUGAUGGCUCCAAAUAUCUAAAACCAAAUCUUACUUUUCUAUCUGGUUUUCUCAAGGUGUUGUUGUAUAACAAUUUAUAAGAUAUUGUUGUACAUUUCCAUAUAACAAUUUAUAAGAUAUUGUACAUUUCCAUAUAACAAUUUAUAAGAUAUUGUUGUACAUUUCCAUAUAACAAUUUAUAAGAUAUUGUUGUACAUUUCCAUACAACAAUUUAUGUGGUUAUACUUAUAGUACUUAUUGAUAAAAAAAUGUUAAAUAAAAUUAUCAGUUGUAUGAAGUAUCAUAAUUUUGGAAUGUUCAUGUGACCUAACAUAUCAUUAGAUAAUUUAAAUUUAUUAUUAAACUUUGCAUCCAGGUGAUGUAUCCAAUGUCAGCUGUCUGUUGGUGGAGGUGCCCAAAAUUCCAUUUAAAGACAGGCGGAUUAUGCAGAGGCUGAAGUGGGUCAUGUGGUGAGAUGGAUAAUGUAUAGCCAUGGAAAUGAAUAGAAAUUGUAGGACACAAAUACAAUCUUUUAUUUUGUGAGUGAUAUGGUUAACACAUUUUGUGAGUGAUAUGGUUAACACAUUUUGUGAGUGAUGUGGAUAACAUCUUUUGUGUGAUGUGGAUAAAAUUAAGUAUAAAAUAACAUAAAAUUCUGCUUGUGUGACAUGGAUAUUUGCAUGGCUUGGAAAAUAUUUGAAUGUUAUUUUAAUGGAUAAGACAUUUUUGUGUCAUGUGGAUAAAUUUUUCAUGAUAAGAUAAUAAGAGUUUAAUUUUAGAACAUCGGCUGUGUACUGGAGACAAAAUCUCCUUGUGCUACUGUGUAUGGACCUUGUGUUACUGUGUCUGGACCUUGUAUUAAUGUGUCUGGACCUUUUGUUACUGUGUCAGGACCUUGUGUUACUGUGUCUGGACCUUGUGUUAUUGCGUCUGGACCUUGUGGUACUGUGUCUUGGCCUUGUGCUGUGUCUGGACCUUGUGUUACUGUGUCUGGACCUUGUGCUACUUUGUCUGGACCUUGUGUUACUGUGUCUGGACCUUGUGCUACUGUGUCUGGACCUUGUGCUUCUGUGUCUGGACCUUUUGUUACUGUGUAUGGACCUUUUGUUACUGUAUCUGGACCUUGUGCUAGUGUCUGGACCUUGUGUUACUGUGUCUGGACCUUGUGUUACUGUGUCUGGACCUUGUGUUACUGUGUCUUGACCUUGGGUUACUGUGCCUGGACCUUGGGUUACUGUGCCUGGAUGAAGUAUGAAAUCUCUUGAUCAAUUGAACCGUCUUACGUGGAGAUAUUUCCUAGCAUAAAUGAGAUCAUAUAAACUUAUGGGAAAUGUGACGCCAUUAUCUGUGUCAGGUUUAGUCAGCAGUUGUUAUCGAAGGUAAUGUACAACUAUUCAACAAAUUACCCAGACUGCAAGUUAAUUUCUGUAUGGUUGCGGACAUAUUUAUGUUCCGUGUGACAGUCAUUCAGUCGACCACCUCAUUUAUGUAGAUUGAGAGUUGAAUGUAAAUGUGCACCAUUUGGCGUGUUGUCAAAGUAUGUGACAGUAAUAAACUUAAUAACUAAUUAGUCUCAUUUGAAGCUUUGUCAUAGCCAUGUGACAGUAAUAAACCUAAUAACUAAUUAGUCUCAUUUGAACCUUUGUCAUUGCCAUGUGAGUGUAGUCAAGUUGUUAACUUUUGCCUGCAGGCCCAUUAUCAUACAG